AUGAGCUCCACUACUCAAGCAGCAGCCUCGAGUCAGGAGCCUGCUCCAAGCGAGACUGCCCCAGCGGACGCGACCACUACUACUUUACCUUCAUCCAUGCCGACAAGUUCGGACUCGCGUCAGACUCCGAUCGCUGGACGUCGGGUACCUAUUCACAACCCAUUUCCAGCCUCUCUAGCCAGUGAAUGCAAAAAAGCCGGCCAAAUCAUCGAUUCCUUUGUGAAUCCCCAAUAUGCAGGUCUCGAGGGAACGAUUCCUCAACGCAUUCUCGGCCCAGCUAAGGGCCUGGUCAUAUGCAGCGUCUUCAAAGCUGGAUUCCUGGGAUCCGUCCGCUUUGGCUCUGGCCUCAUCAUAUGCCGCCUGCCCAAUGGGAACUGGUCCGCUCCAUCGGCCAUUUCGCUGGGCGGACUCGGCGCCGGAGGCCAAUUUGGAAUGGAAUUCACCAAUUUUAUAUUCGUCCUGAACACAGACGCCGCCGUGGAAACCUUCAUCAACUCAGGCACCCUGACUCUGGGCGGCAACAUCUCCAUUGCAUUCGGAACUGGCCGUAGCGCAGAGACGGCCGCAAUGAUCGGCACCAAGGGUAUUUCAAAUAUCUUUGCGUAUUCGAAGACUCGUGGGAUCUACGGCGGAUUGACCUUUGAAGGCGGUAUUAUUACUGAGCGAUCCUCAACGAACAAGACGCUGUAUAAGCGGAAGGUGAAGGCCAAGGAUCUUUUGUCGGGGGAGAUUCCACCGCCACCGCAGGCUGAGCCGUUGAUGAGGAUUUUGAACUCGGAGUGCUUUCGGCCUCCGUCCACUACGGCAAACGUACCCCCUGCGGUUCCCUCUGGGGCUGCACCUGUACCUGAAGAGGCUGGUGGAUCGUCAUCUGCAGGCGUUGUUGAACAGCUCGUAGAGCCGGUCCCGCAUGGUGAGGGACAUGAGCUGGGAGCCUCGCAUUCUUCAGACAUUGCCGAGCAGCACGCUCCACCUGCGAAUCGAGAGGAUGGUACCACCGCUGGCGAUGGGGCCGAAGUGCAAAAAUCUUCAAUUCCAGUCCCCGUCCCGAAUCAGGGGACAGAGGCGUCACGGUCAACAGUCGCUGCUGAGCAAGUUGGGCCCGUGGGUACCGAGACAAGACAACUGCCUGUCUCGGAUCCCAAACUCAGUACCGAUGUACCAAGGUCAGAACAACCGGUUGAGAACUCUUGUCCGUCCGUCGAGCAGGUUCAUGACCCUGGGAACAACACGUCUGAAGUGCAACAGCCCGCGCUUCCUGCAGAAGGAACUGAGCCGCCCCAAGAGCCACAAGGUUCUCUCGAAGAGACGGAGCAAGUCUGGAGCACUGCUGAACGAGAAGACAAAGCCACAGCCUCUGGAGACGAACCGUCCCGUGAAAAACCAUAA